UAAAAUUUUCCCCAGUUUUUCUAAAAGCUCUCUUUCCUCACGUCACAGUUCACUCUCUAACUUUUCCUACCAUUUCUCUUUCCCAUUCCCAUUUUCCACCGCAAAUCUGACUCUCAUCGCACCAGAUCGGAGCCGAAGAAACUCUUGCAAUGGAGGAGGCACUGGAAUUGGCGCAUGCUAAGGAUACAAAGGAGAGAAUGGCGGGGGUCGAGAGACUCCACCAACUUCUCGAAGCUUCUAGAAAGAGCCUCUCUUCUUCUGAAGUUACUUCUCUUGUAGAUGUUUGCUUAGAUCUUCUUAAAGACAACAACUUCAGAGUCUGUCAAGGUGCUUUACAAUCACUUGAUUCCGCGGCCGUUCUUUCCGGUGAACACUUUAAGCUUCACUUCAAUGCUCUUGUACCUGCUGUUGUUGAAAGAUUGGGCGAUGCCAAACAGCCCGUGAGAAAUGCUGCUAGGCGAUUGUUACUUACUUUGAUGCAGGUUUCUUCACCAACUAUCAUCGUUGAGAGGGCAGGGUCUUAUGCUUGGAUGCACAGAAGUUUCAGAGUUCGAGAAGAAUUUGCUUGUACUGUUACAUCAGCAAUUGGUCUUUUUGCAUCAACUGAGCUGCCCCUUCAGCGAGCUAUUCUUCCUCCUAUUUUGCAAAUGUUGAGUGAUCCUAAUCCUGGUGUUAGAGAUGCAGCCAUAUCGUGUAUUGAGGAGAUGUAUUCACAGGCUGCACCUCAGUUCCGUGAUGAACUUCAGCGCCAUCAUCUUCCUACCAUGAUGGUAAAAGAUAUUAACUCCAGACUAGAGAAGAUUGAGCCCAAAAGUCGUUUAGCAGAUGGAAUUCCGAGAAACUAUUCAGCUGCUGAGGUGAGAUCCACUGCUCUUAAUCCCAAGAAAAGCAGCCCACAGGCUAAAAGCUCAACAAGAGAGGUGUCUCUUUUUGGAGGGGAUGCUGAUAUCACGGAGAAACCUGUCGAGCCAAUUAAAGUGUACUCAGAAAAGGAGCUGAUAAGGGAGUUUGAGAAGAUUGCCUCUACCCUUGUGCCAGAGAAGGAUUGGUCUAUUCGUAUUUCUGCUAUGCAGAGAAUUGAAGCUAUUGUUAUUGGAGGUGCAACUGAUUUUCCUUGUUUCCGUGGACUUCUAAAGCAACUUGUUGUCCCUUUGAGCACACAGUUAUCUGAUCGGAGAUCCACCAUUGUCAAACAGGCUUGCUAUUUAUUGAACUUCUUAUCCAAAGAGCUUUUGGGAGAUUUUGAGGCAUGUGCUGAGAUGUUCAUUCCGGUUCUUUUCAAGCUUGUUGUUAUUACUGUUCUUGUAAUUGCAGAAUCUGCUGAUACCUGCAUAAAGACGAUGUUGCGCAACUGCAAAGUUGCUCGUGCACUUCCUCGAAUAGCUUAUUGUGCAAAGAAUGAUCGAAAUGCCGUUCUUCGUGCAAGAUGCUGUGAGUACGCACUUUUAAUCCUGGAACAUUGGCCUGAUGCAUCUGAGAUACACCGUUCAGCAGAACUCUAUGAAGACCUUAUAAAGUGUUGUGUAACAGAUGCAAUGAGUGAGGUACGAUCAACUGCAAGAACUUUGUACAGAAUGUUUGCAAGAACUUGGCCAGAACGAUCCAGGCGUUUGUUUAUGUCCUUUGAUCCUGCUAUCCAAAGGAUCAUAAAUGAGGAAGAUGGUGGAACUCACAGACGACAUGCUUCACCUUCUGUUCGAGAGAGGAGCCCACACUUUUCAGUUGCUUCUCAAACAUCUGCUUCUUCACAAAUUUCUGGUUAUGGAACAUCUGCAAUAGUUGCUAUGGAUAGAAGUUCCAGUUUACCUGCAGGCACAUCCCUCUCCCCUGGGCUACUCCUGUCACAAACAAAACCUGUGGGUACUGGCACAGAACGUAGCUUGGAAAGUGUACUUCAUGCCAGCAAACAGAAAGUUUCUGCUAUAGAAAGCCUGCUCAAAGGUCUGGAUAUAUCUGAGAAAAGUCGAUCCUCUAGUUUGGAUCUAGAUUUGUAAUGGCAAUGAUGAAAGUUCUGCUGCCAACAAGCAUGUUGCACUUCAACAACUAAUUGAAGCUGUUAUCAAAGAUCAAUCCAUAUGGAGUAAGUACGUCAAUCAGAUAUUGACUGCUAUGCUUGAGGUGCUAGAUGAUUCGGAGUCGUCAAUAAGAGAACUUGCCCUAUCUGUGAUAGUUGAAAUGCUGAAGAAUCAGAGAGAUGCCAUGGAGGAUUCAGUCGAGGUUGUAACUGAAAAGCUGCUUAAUGUAACCAAGGAUGUUGCUCCAAAAGUUUCAAAUGAAGCUGAACAUUGUUUAACUACGGUGUUGUCUCAGUAUGACCCAUUUAGAUGCUUAAGUGUUGUUGUUCCAUUGCUCGUCACCGAAGACGAGAAGACUCUUGUAACCUGUAUUAACUGCUUGACAAAGCUUGUAGAGAGGUUUUCCCAGGAAGAAUUGAUGUCUCAGCUACCUUCAUUCUUACCUGCCCUAUUUGAUGCCUUUGGAAACCAGAGCGCAGAUGUUCGCAAGACUGUUGUGUUCUGUUUAGUUGACAUGUACAUCAUGCUUGGCAAAGCAUUCUUGCCAUACUUGGAAGGGCUGAAUAGCACACAGUUGAGAUUGGUGACUAUUUAUGCAAAUCGAAUAUCACAGGCUAGAACAGGGACUCCCAUAGAUGCUAGCCGCAGUUAGCUGGUGCUAGCUUCUUUGGUAUUUCCUUCUUUGGGUGCUCCCAUAGAUGUUUAUGAGGAGUUCGAUCUUGUCAUUUUAAUCUUUGAUGUGCCCUGUAUAUCGUGUGAAUGUGCAUUUUGAAGGUGGGUAAAGUUGUAUUCUUUUAUUCAACUGUCUUCAUAUUUUUUUCCUCCCACAUCAUUGGUUGGGAGUUGGAGAUUGCGUGUGGGGGACAAAGGUGAAGUUGUAAACAGUACAUGUACUUUUAAUGAAAUCUAUAGUAUUUUAAGUACCGGCUUUAGAAGCUGAGACAAUA